GACACAUCAUAAAAGCAGAAGGAGAAAGCAGACGUUUAAGGAGGAUCUAAAGACAGCACUACAGUUCCCUAUCAGCCUUCAUCUGAUGUCAGUGUUGAAACUUUAAGAAAAUGGACAGAAAAGCUCAAAGUCUGGAUGAGGAAAUUGAAGAACAUCACUAUGUGAAUGAAGCAGUUGGUGUUGAGGAGAACGUGAGAUCAGCUUUAGGUCACAGGUUUCCUUCCUUCUCACAGUUUUCACCACUGCUAGCAGCUUAUUGGCUGAUUCUGUUGGUAGUUAUCCCACUUCAUAUCCACUUUCACAUUAAGGUUGAGUUUGAGCUGAAACUGCUAAAAGCCAACAGAGCAGCUCUGAUGGCGAAAAACCAAAACCUGACAACAGAACUUGAACAAGUGAAAAACCAAAUGGACAACCUGAAAAACAUCAACAAAAACCUCACAGAACAAAUGGAACCCAUAAAGAAAACAUGGAAUGAGCAGAACAUCAGUCGAGCUCAGUGGAGCAUUGAUGAAUACUGUCGCAUGGAAAACAACAAGAGAACGUGUGUUUCUUGUCAGAAAGGCUGGCUACAGUAUCAGUCCAGCUGCUAUGCAGUUAAUAAUGUUGAACCUCAACAUCAGAAAACCUGGGAAGAAGCACGAGAAAACUGCAGAGGAAUUAGUUCAGAUCUGACUGUUGUUGAUAAUGAAGCUGAAAAGGUGUUUGUUAAAGACAUGAGUUGGGUUAAUAACAGAAUUAAAGGAUACUGGAUCGGUCUCAGAGUUGAAGAAGGGAAAUGGAAAUGGAUCGAUGGAAGUGAUCUGACCAAUCAAACCUGGAUGCAGCAGCAGUCUGCAACUGAUGGUCAAUGUGUAACUUCUCACCAGAACCAAGAAUGGAGAUCAGUGAGGUGUAAUGAAACAAAUGCAUGGAUCUGUCAGAAGAAGGCUUUAUCUGUUUAAACAUGAAAUAUUCAGAUUUCUGGAGGAUACUUGGAAAACCUUAAAAUAAAAUAUAUUUAAUUUUUAUUUUACAUUUUUUUCAUCUAAAUAGUUAUAAUUUAUUACUAAUUAUAAUAUAAUUAAUAUUAUAUAAUUAGAUAGAUUUAUUUAUAGUAAUUGCAAUAAUUUAAUCUGUGAAAUCUUUUGCAUCCCACCUUUAAUGCACAUAUUUAAUUUGUAUACUGAGGAAGAUACCAGAAUGUAGAAAAAGCAUCUCCCUUUAGGUGCCACUCAAUAUUUAUCAAUGUAAGACCUUUAAAAUGCUUUUUGCAGUUUGUCAGACACAGUUGACUCUGCUUAAUGUUUUCUUGUAACCUGCUCACUAUGACUCCUGAUAUUGAUCCUGGGCUACACAAAGAGGAUCAUAAUUCAUAUGUUUAUAUUAACAGGAACAAGUUAGAUCCAUCAACACAUCUUAACUGUCUUCAGUUAAUAUGGCGCUCUGCUGUAGGUCAGAUUAUUGUCUGUUUAUAUUAAUUUACUUUUAAAAUAUUUACACAGUUACACACAGUUCUCCUAAUUUAAAGCGGACAGGUCAUGUCUGUUUCUCAAACUAAACCAAGUUUAUUUGCCAACAAAUUAGAUAUUAACUGAACAUUUAUUAAUUUCUUUUUUAUGCCAAGAAAAUUAAGAAAACUAUUUCAUCAUUUCACUACUGAGAUAAUGAUUUUAACACUGAAAUUUGAUUAAUUUUAUAAUUUCUCUCUUGUUUUUAUUUAUUGUUUUUUUUUCUCCUCAUUGCUGCCCUCAUGCAUUGUUCUGAAUAUUUUGAGUUAAUGCAGGAAGUUUCAAACAAUAACAUAAAAAUAACAAGAAAAAUAGAAGAGAAACAUUAAAGAAUUUUAGUUGCAAGGCUGUUGAAAUUCUGCAGAUUUUUUCAUAAUGAUUAAGUACCUUCUUUAACAAAUAUUAAUGUAACAUGUCAUCAACUUAUUUUCAUUAUUGUCCCUGACUGAAAGCUAACUUUUCAUUUUCAGUCAAGAGGUCAUUUAUAACAGACCCCAGUGAGGAUCUUUGUAAUCUGUCAACAGUUCAUUAUUUCUGUGAAACAUCCUUAAAUGGAUCAAUCUAAUGUAAGCAAUAUAUUGUAUUGUCAUCCAGACUGGUCUGAAAUGAUAAUUCCCAUAUUUUGUUGAAUUCAUUAUUUCAGAAUCAGAAUCAGCUUUUGUUUUGCCAAGGUUGUACAGACAAACAAGGAAUUUCACUCCAAUACACUUUGCUUUCAAUAAUAAAGAAUAUAUUUUUAAAUGUACA